AUGGGUCGCCCUCUUCAAUCAUACGACGACAUCGCCAUCGCCGAGCUUUCAUUCUAUCUCUUCGCCCUCGCAGGAGGCAUCUUUCUCUGCCUCAAGCAUGGCUUCACCAAAAACGCCGGCUUCCGAGCCGUCAUCAUCCUCUCCCUCGCCCGUAUCAUCGGCGCCUGUCUCCGCCUAGCAACAAUUUCCUCCCCUGACAACAUCAACCUGUACAUUGGCUGGAUGACUCUCGAGGGUAUCGGCUUGGCACCGCUCAUCAUGCUUGCGCUCGGCCUUCUGACUCGCGUUUUCGAGUCCAUGCAGCGCAAAGGCCGUUCCAUCAUCCAGCCGCAGCACCAGAAAUUCGUGGAGAUUCUGGUUCUCCUUGCCAUUAUCCUCCUUAUCGUGGGCGGCACCCAGUCUGACUUCACCAUUGUCGACGGCAAGCCAAAAGUCAAGUAUUCCACAGUCAGCCACGCUGCUGAGGGUAUUCUGGUGGCCAUCACGGCUCUCCUCGCCUUCGCCAUCGUCCUCGCCAUCAUCAACCAGAGCCAUGUCGGCGCAGGCGAGCACCGAAUCAUCUUCACUGUGGCCGUUUGCUUCCCUCUCAUUCUCGUGCGCCUCGUAUACUCAUGCCUCCUCAUCUUUGGCGGCAUUACUUCCACUCCCUGGCUUUACCUGGGCAUGUCCUCUCUCAUGGAAAUGAUCGUUACUCUCCUGUCGGAAAUCCUUGGAUUCAACUUGGACAAGGUGGUGCCGCAACCGGUUCCCCGAAGCGACGAGGAGAUGCAAGCUUUUAGCAGUAAGUAG